UCCAUAUAUUACUUGGCACCAAAAGCGUUGCUCACAAAAACUAAAGCAAAUUUCAAAAACCCCAUCAAACCAAAUUCUCUCAUCCUCCUAAUUUUCUCGCCAUCCAAACACCCAAAACAGAUGGAUUCUCAACUUACCAACGCCCAGGAUUUCAUCUUCCGAUCAAAGCUCCCCGACAUCUACAUCCCAAACCACCUCCCCCUCCACACCUACUGCUUCGAACACCUCUCCCAAUUCCACCACCGCCCCUGCCUAAUCAACGCCGCCACCGGGCAAAUCCACACCUACGCCGCCGUCGACCUAGCCUCCAGACGCGUCGCCACUGGUCUAAGCAAGAUCGGCGUCGGACAAGGCGAUGUCAUAAUGCUUCUACUACAGAACAGCCCUGAAUUCGUCUUCGCCUUCCUUGGCGCGUCCUAUGCCGGCGCCAUUAGCACCACCGCAAACCCAUUAUACAAGCCGGCGGAGAUCAAGAAACAGGCGGCCACGGCGAGGCCGAAGGUUAUAAUUACGCAGGCGGAAUUUGUGGAGAAAGUUCGGGAAUUUGCAAUGGAAAAUGGGGUGAAAAUUAUAUGUACGGAUUCCCCUCCGGUGGGUUGCCUGAGAUUCUCCGAGAUUUUAGAGGCCGAUGAAAAUGAAAUUCCGGCCGUGAAAAUUAACUCCAACGACGUUGUUGCUCUUCCCUUCUCGUCUGGAACCACCGGAGUUCCUAAAGGCGUUAUGCUCACACACAAAUCUCUCGUUACAAGCAUCGCUCAACAGGUGGAUGGAGAGAAUCCAAAUGUGGACUUAAACAGCAACGACGUGCUCAUAUGUCUUCUCCCAUUAUUCCAUAUCUACUCUCUCAAUUCCGUUCUCCUCUGCGGACUACGUGUCGGCGCCGCCAUUCUCAUCCUCCAAAAAUACGACAUGUCGACUCUUCUCCGCCUCAUUCAGACCCACAAAGCCACUAUAGCCCCCUUCGUCCCUCCGAUCGUCUUGGACUUCGCCAAAAACCCCGACAUCCACCGUUACGACUUGUCGUCCAUCAGAAUCGUCAUGUCGGGUGCUGCCCCCAUGGGCAAGGCCCUGGAAGACACUGUCAAGGCCAGACUCCCCAACGCCACGCUUGGACAGGGAUAUGGGAUGACGGAGGCCGGUCCGGUUCUGUCGAUGUGUCUGGGUUUUGCAAAGGAGCCGUUCGAGUUUAAAUCAGGUGCGUGCGGGACCGUCGUAAGGAACGCUGAGAUGAAGAUCAUACACCCUGAAACUGGUGUAUCUUUGCCACGUAAUCACCCUGGUGAGAUCUGCAUACGUGGCUCCCAGAUCAUGAAAGGUUACCUUAAUAACAAAGAAGCCACAGAGAAGACCAUAGACAAGAAUGGGUGGCUCCACACUGGAGACUUAGGGUUCAUCGACGACGACGACGAGAUCUUCAUCGUCGAUCGACUCAAGGAACUGAUCAAAUACAAAGGAUAUCAAGUGGCCCCAGCUGAGCUUGAAGCUCUCUUGACUUCAAACCCUAAUGUUUCUUCUGCUGCUGUGGUGCCAAUGGAAGAUGAAGCAGCUGGAGAGAUCCCGGCUGCAUUUGUUGUUAGAUCUAAAGGCUCCAAGAUUAGUGAGGAUGAUAUCAAGAAGUAUAUUUCUGAUCAGGUUAUAUAUUACAAGAAAAUCAGGAAGGUUUUCUUUGUGGACUCAAUUCCAGUUGCUCCUUCAGGCAAGAUCUUGAGGAAAGUGUUAAAAGCCCAAUUGGAGAAUGGUGCCUUUUAAAUUAGGGUUGGUCACUCCACCAAUGGACUUAUAAACUUUACAAUAUCCACAUAACUUUGGGUUUCUCUCUCAAAAACAAAUGUAUUGAAGAGAGAAAGAGGAUGAUUCUAAAUUAAGAAGAUGGGUUUCUUAAUUUGUUGUGAAUAACAUGUAAUUUAUAUCCACUUUC